CUAACACUAUUUAAACCUCGACACAUAACAUAUUUCAUUCAUAAGUUGGUUAAAGAAAGAGAAAAAAAAAAGGCAUAUUUAGAUCAAGAGAUAGAAAGAGGAAAAAAUGGCUCAACUUCAAAAGGCUGAAGGUCAAGUUGAGCUCAAAUGUGAUGCUGAUAAGUUUUUUGAAAUUUGGGGUCAGAAUCCGUCCCUUGUAUCUAACAUGUGCCCUAUUAAAUUUCCAAAAGUUGAGCUUAAUGAGGGGGAGUGUUGGGAUAGAGUUGGUUCCGUCAUCACUUGGAGCUAUGUCAUUGAUGAAAUCGGGGAACAUGCAUUUGUCAAGACCAGAGUUGAAGAAUGUGACAAAGAAAACAAGCUUGUAAGCUACAACUAUCUUGGUGGACAUAUUGUGGAGCAGUACUACAAGACAUUAAAGUCGAGGAUUCAAGCAAUUCCAAAGGAUGAAGGUUGCACUGUAAAGUGGACUCUUGAGUAUGAGAAGAUGAAUGAGAAUGCACCUGAAGCAGAUCUUUACACCGAUUAUCUUCUUGGCACUGCUAAAGAUAUCGAUGCUUGUCUUUGCAAUGUUUGAUCAAUAAUGGCAUGCCAUUUAUCUUGUCAUGAAUGCUAGCUAGAUCGAUCUCAUGGUUAUACAUGCAUGUGUUUUGCAUGAUUUACUACUACCUUAAAUUAUCUACUAGUACUAUUACUACAAAUUAAAUGUUGCAGCUAAUAGUGUUUAUUUUGGCUGUAACUUUUAAAAUAUUAAGGGUUAUGCAUAUGUCACAUGCAUGGAUAAUGUAUGUUUUGGUAGCUUUAUAAAUAAAGAAACUCUCUCUUAAGUGUUAAAACAUUGAUUAUACAUAUAAGAUGGAAGUUUUGUCUUGUAA